UAUAGUCUGGCGGCUCUCAAGACUCAAGAGUCAACCAAGUCAACGUGGAUCCAUCUUCAUAACACGGCAUGGCAACUGGGUGAGCUUACGAUGCGUCAUCCAUGGCUCUCCAAACCUUGCUGCUCCUCCUCCUCCUCUUCCCCUUUGCGAAGCUUUCUCAGGGGCGGCCCACACUUCAUCGCUGCUCAACUGACUCCAACUACACAACCCCAAGCGCCUUCGCUACCAACCUCGCCCUCCUCCUCUCCGACCUCAUUGCUACCACCGCCAACUCCCCCAUCCUCUUCUCCACUGCCUCCAGAGCCUCCAUCUUUGGCCUAGCCCAAUGCCAGGUCGGCUCAUUCCCCUCUGACUGCGCAUCCUGUCUCACAAACUCCGCCAACGACUUCACUACCCUCUGCCCCUCGGGCAGGUCUGCCGGCAUCCGCUACGACAGCUGUCUCCUUCGCUACUCUGACACCCCUUUCUUCUCCCAGCUCUCCAGUGACGACUACCACUACCGCACAAACGGCAAAAAAGCUUCAGAUCAGGCGGGUUUCAGCAGCAGUGUAAACGAUCUAAUGAACAGGAUCUCAUCAAAGGCCGCGCACACCGAAUCGAGGUUCAUGGUUGGGAUGAGCAACUUCUCCGGUCUUUUAUACGGUAUGGCUCAGUGUACUCGGGAUCUCUCGUCCGAAGAUUGUGCGAAAUGCUUGAAUUUAGCUCUAGCUGUUAUGCGACUCGAAUCUUUUGGGAAAAUUGGGAGCUUGGUUGCCAGUUUGAGCUGCAUCAUCAGGUAUGAGACAUACCCUUUCUUCUCUCUUUUUUUGCUGGCGGUGCCGCCACCAUCACCACUGCAGCCUCCGCCAUCCUCAGGGAAAUCGCCUCCUGUGAAUGAUACAACCGGCAGUGGAGGAAAAAGUAGCAAAACUACAACUAUUGUUCUUGUCGUCAUAUUUGUAUUGGUUGCUGGAAUUAUUUUCUUCUCUGGUGUUUUCAUUUAUUUGAGGAGGAGAAUCAAGAGGAAACCAAUCAGAAGAUGGACGGCAGACGGAGGAGAUGACUCAGAAUUCAUAAGUGCUGAAUCUUUAUCAAUUGAUUUCGCCACUCUCCGAGAUGCCACAAAUAACUUUUCUAAUGAGAAUGAGCUUGGGAGUGGCGGAUUUGGAGUAGUUUAUAAGGGAGUUCUAAGAGAUGGGCAAGAAAUAGCUGUAAAACGACUUUCAUUGACAUCAGGCCAAGGACUUGUGGAGUUGAAGAAUGAGGUGGUUUUGGUUGCUAGGCUUCAGCAUAGACACCUUGUAAGGCUGCUGGGUUGUUGCUUAGAAGAGGAGAAGCUUCUUGUCUAUGAGUACCUUCCCAAUGCAAGCCUGGACAAAUUUUUGUUUGAUCCUGUAAGGUGUCAACAACUUGAUUGGGCAAGGCGGUACAAGAUCAUCGAGGGCAUAAGUCGAGGGCUUCUAUAUCUUCAUGAAGAUUCCCGGCUUAGAAUUAUCCACCGUGAUUUGAAAGCAGGAAACAUCUUGUUAGAUGGGGACAUGAACCCUAAAAUUUGUGAUUUUGGCUUUGCAAAGCUUUUUGAUAUAGAUGAAACACAUGCAAACACUAAUCGAAUCGCUGGGACAUAUGGAUACAUGGCACCGGAAUACGCAAUGCACGGAAUCUUCUCAGUUAAAUCAGAUGUUUACAGUUAUGGUGUGAUGGUUUUGGAGAUUGUUACUGGUCGAAAGAACCGUGGCUUUGAAGAAUCAGGGAAUGCUGCUCACCUACUAAGCUAUGCAUGGCGGCUUUGGAACGAUGGAAGGGGAUUAGAGUUAAAGGACCCCAUUCUAGGUGAUAGAAUCCAGGUGGAUGAAGUACUGAGAUGCAUUCAUAUUGGUUUGCUUUGCGUCCAGGAAGACCCGCAAGACAGGCCUACCAUGGGAACAGUGGUUCUCAUGCUCAAGAGUUACUCAUUUCCUCUACCAGAGCCUUUUACUCCUGCAUUCUUUAUUGGAAACCUCGGAGACACCCAGGCAAAUGUGGACUUGAGAGACAUGGAUCUCAAUCACCUCAACAAUGGACAAUCUAAUCAAGAACAGAGGCACUGGAUGGUUGGCUCUGCAAAUAAUCUCACUAUUUCUCAAUUAGAAGGAAGAUAGUGGUGGGGAGGCGUGGCUGGUUGCCUUGUCAUACUACAGAUUUGCCAAGUAAAAUGUUUUAGACUGUGAAUCAUUGUACUUUGAUGCAACUCUAUUAUUUUGAAUUCUAUAACGGCUGAUUGAGAAUUUAUGUUUGGUGCUCUUCCAACAUGAUGCUGAGAAAUCUGUAAACUAACUGUGUUCAAGCAUAUGUCUCAAUGUGUUGGCACUUGGGCAUUAAUAAUA